AUGCAGCUCUCCGCCAUCUUCACCGUGCUGGCCGUUGCCAUGACCGCAGCCGCAGCCCCUUGCCCGAACUGCCCGGGCGGCGAGACCAACAUCUGCUCGGUGGAGCAGUCCCUUUACUGCUGCAACGCCGGCCUUCUCAACCUCAUCUGCAACGUGAACGUCCUCGGCUCCAGUUGCACAGGCCAGUCAUUCUGCUGCGACAACUCGGUCGUCCAGCAAGGCCUCGUCAACGUCGCUGCCCAGUGCAUUAAGGUUCUGUAA